CCGGCGCUUGUUGUUCACCAAUCACACUCACCUUAACUUCCAGUCGCUAAGCAUCAUUCGUCAAGAGCCGUUCUCUGCACGCGCCCCCCACCUAUUGGUGUGAUAUCUGUCCGGCAUGCUGGAUGUCACUUCUGUUGUACCUCUCAGAGUGCUGGAAGUCCUUCAGGGGCGAAGCGCCGCCUUUACAGCAACCAAUGGUAGCCUCUCUGAAAUGCCUAUUUCCAAGGAUCCCCGGCUUGUCGUGCGCAAUGUUGCAGUAGUUUCUGCACAGAUGAUGGUUGGCGUGGACGGCGUCUCCAGAUCUUCCCCUCUUUCUCUCUCAGACCUGGGUGUAUUUAUCAGAGCCAUGCGCCACGGAUCGAUCGUGAUCUUCACCUACUUCUUUGUGGUCAUUUUACCUUAAUUUUCUUUUUCCUUCUUGUUAGUUUUGAACAUUUGUGCCUUCGGCUCUGUGAGCUAGGCUGUCCUUCGUUGUAUCCUUUGCUUGCGCUGGUGGACCCGUUGAUCGGUGUCGA